AUGACAGCUGCAGCUUUUGGGUGGAAGGGUCCAUUGUCAGAAUAUUCUAAUGUUUGGCUGUUGUUUUGUUUUUUUUUGUUUUUUUCUCUUCAGUAUGAUCUCUCAGCAUCCACGUUUUCUCCUGAUGGCAGAGUGUUCCAGGUUGAGUAUGCAGCUAAAGCAGUGGAAAAUAGUAGCACAGCCAUUGGUAUCCGAUGCAAAGAUGGAGUUGUGUUUGGAGUAGAGAAGCUUGUCCUUUCAAAGCUUUAUGAAGAAGGUUCUAACAAGCGUAUUUUUAACGUGGAUCGGCAUGUUGGAAUGGCUGUAGCUGGACUCCUGGCUGAUGCCCGUUCCUUGGCAGACAUCGCUAGAGAGGAGGCCUCCAACUUCAGAUCCAACUAUGGUUAUGAUAUUCCAUUAAAGCAUCUCGCAGACAGAGUGGCCAUGUAUGUACAUGCAUAUACACUGUACAGUGCUGUCAGACCUUUUGGCUGCAGUUUCAUGUUGGGAUCUUACAAUGAAGAUGAUGGAGCUCAGUUGUAUAUGGUUGACCCUUCAGGAGUAUCCUAUGGUUAUUGGGGAUGUUCUAUUGGUAAAGCCAAGCAAGCAGCCAAGACAGAGAUAGAGAAACUUCAGAUGAAGGAGAUGACAUGUCGGGAAGUGGUGAAAGAAGUAGCAAAAAUAAUCUACAUCGUCCAUGAUGAAGUAAAAGAUAAAGCUUUUGAACUGGAACUGAGCUGGGUUGGAGAAAUUACUAAUGGAAGACAUGAAGUUGUACCAAAAGACGUCAGAGAAGAGGCUGAAAAAUAUGCAAAGGUAAAUGGAUUGACUGAAUCCAGUCCCAGUCUUUUUUUAUUUUAUAUUUGUAUUUAG